AUGCCAUUACCAAAGAAUAAGAAGGCAAAAAAUAUCAAGGCUCCACACAUACCAUUUUCUACAGAAACACCACAUAAACCAAUUCUCUUAAAAGAGACUGCAGUGAGUUUGUCAUCAAGAAUAGUGCCAGGAUUGAAAACCCUUAUGGGUAAUCUUGAACUCAAGUAUCCAGAUGUUGCUCAAGAAAUAAAAUACCAUUUGUGUGAACAAGCAAAGUUAGUGAGUUUAUCAGAAGGAUUAGUCAAAUGGCUACAUACAGCUCUCACAAGUUCUCUGGACACAUUUGACAUGGCAGUGAAUGUGCCUUUGAAUGAUGCUUGUGAGCAAGAUCAGAAAUUACAGUUUAUCUUUCAUAGUACUCUCGUUGACUUAAACAAUCAGACCAUUGAAAGACAUGCUUCAGAACGAAAAUUUCUAGUUGAACAGGUGUCAACUAUUUUUGAGUAUAUUGAAUCUGUAUUUGGAUUGGUCAUGUUUUACUGUUUGUUUAUAAUCCUGAAAAAAGAAAUGACUACUUACAAAGUGGAUGCACUGGCUAUUGCAAAGAUGACACAUAGAGAAUUUGCAAUUAUUGAGGCAUCUGGUGGUCUUUCCAUGCAGGAUCGUCAACACACAUUAGAUGAUACUGAAAAGACUUUACUGGAAGGAGCAGAAAUGCUCCAAGGCACAUUACAACAGUACCUUGAUGCAUCCAUUGAAAUAGCCAGGAAAUUGAAAUUCUAUACUAUACAAAUUAUUGUUGAUCGAAUUGUCUUGAUUGAGAUAUCAAUGCAUACAACGCACUUCAAAGCUGUAGAAGUUCGAAGUGCACAGUGGCCAUUUUCGUGGAAUUCUGUUGGAGA